CAGUCCCUUCUCUGCAAUAGCAUAGGGAUUCUGCUUGAGCAGGGGGUUGGACUAGAAGACCUCCAAGGUCCCUUCCGGCUCUAUUCUCAUUCCGAUUCUGACUUUUUGGAGGGGCUCCACUCUUUUUAUAAAAUGGAUUUUGACAGCACGGAUGUUUUCAAAAUUCUCUUCGACGGACCGGAGGAUCCGAACUCCGGACCCAGCCUUGCUGCCGUAAACUCCAGCGUCCAAACCCUCUUUCAAGAUCAUCCCUACGUCUCUCUUCCAAAUAAACCCAGGAGCUGGCCGGCUGGCCAGCUGCAGCGUCUUCCUGACGACGACGACGCAGAAGAGCUUUUACAACUUCGGAUCAACCCCAACAAAGUCUACCAUCCCAGGAGCUCAACGGCGUCUCCGGAGAACAUCGGUGACGUUUCCUCCAGUCUCGGACGAGCCCCCCUUCCUCACGACCCAUCGCCCACCAUCGUCCUGGAGGUCCUCUGCGAUCCGGGGACCUUGGAAGACAUCAACACUCUUGGAAAUUGGGGCUCCCCUGAAACCCACCCACCCAUCUGCAUUGCGAGCCAAGCAUCGCUGGAAUUUUUGGAUGGGAGGUCCCGCUUAAACGCAGCCGAGAUUCCCACGGAGCAGAUCUUGACGGAGGAGGAGAGGCACCUUCUUAGCCAGGAGGGGGUCUUCCUGCACGACGUUCUACACCUUUCCCAGGCGGAAGAGCGAAUCCUCAAGAAAAUACGGAGGAAGAUUCGAAACAAGCACUCGGCCCAAGACAGCCGUCGACGCAAAAAGGAAUAUUUGGAUGGUCUGGAGAGCCGGUAAG